AUGUCGGAGGACGAUGAUGAGAGUUGCGGGGUGACGAAGAAGACAAAUUCCUCCUCGAGCGCAUUGUUUUCUUCGUUGCCAGACGUCCUUUCUUUCACAGAAACCUCCGGGACAUGGAUAUCGCGACUUGUCUGCAUGUUCUUUGCGCGUCUGGCCUCCGGUGAAGAACUUUUACCUCUUAUCCGGCACGUUCGCACCGAGCUGUUGCGCCCGACGCCAGCGCCAUUGGGAGCCAGGGCCAUACCAGUUGCCACAUUAGAAGCUUCAGUCGCCAAUACCACGACGGAUGUACCAGGAACCAUGUUGCAAGGGUCUAAUCCGAGGAUGGAGGCGAUGGAUGGUGUCAGUGAUCAAGAUAAGCUGUUUUUAUACCGUGCUGCGAAAGUGGCCCUAUUGCUUUCUGCAGAAGGUGAGGAGGCGCAGGAUGAGGCAACACGAUUGUUGUGUGAGCCGGUUGUGGCUCAGGCUUUGCAGCUUGCCGCAAAUCAGGGCGAUGCUGUUGCACUUCCUUUGCCACGAAAAUAUGAUUUUUUUUUGAGCAGCCGUGUUGCGGUGUGUUGUGCAAGGCGGUGGGCACGCGAGGGUCGAUGGGAUGUGGGGUUACGACUGUUAGAACGUGCAGUCGCCACUCCCAUGACGAAAGCAGCGGCAGUGGAGUUGUUCAGCAACGCCGGGCACUGGGAAAUGGCGGUGCGAUGUCUUGGUCAACUUCCCCCUACUUUGUGGACGGAGAUUGAGGUGUCAGCCGCUGUCCGUAGCUUAUACCGAGCCGUGGAAAGGCGUCGGCGUAACGGUAUGAAAGUUGGUGAUACCCCCAACGCAGGGUUGUGGAGGAUUGCGCUUCACAUAUUAACGUUGGUUCGUGAUAAUAAAGUACAAUUAAGUGCGCCGUCUGCCGUCAACGAUGCGCUGGGUUUGCUUGGGGCCGAUGGGCAGCAGUGGGUGAUGGCAUGUCGUCUUGUCAAGACAAUGCUACUAAAUUUGGAAAAGGAGGGACUGACAGGUGAAUCUAGUGGCACGGUUCGUCCAAACGUGGUUUCAGUCUACCACAUGUUUCGAGCCCUGCGGCAGCAUUGGCAUCUGGCGCUCCAACAUGCAUCUCUGAUGAUGCGUGAAGGGGAUAUUUGUAUAUCUGACGAUCGCGAAGUGACAGAUCGAUUAUUGAAGGCCUGCGUCGUUGGCUAUCGUUGGGUGGAGGCAUUACGUACCGUACAAAAGUCUCUAGAGAGUAAUCCAAGCGAGGAGGGCAGGGAUUUUAUUCACACCGACGUUUUUCUUCGCGUUCUAGGGAUGUUACACGAGCGCCAGAAGGGGUUUCUUGCCACGCAACUCUUUCAGCAGCCUCAACUAUCAAGGCACUUCAGCAAGGACACUACAGGAAAGGCAUAUAACGUGAUGCUGCGUUACUGUAAUACUGUUCCAGAGGCUCGAGUGUGGUUGCAAACGAUGGGAACAAAAAAUAUAUUGGUUGAAAAUGAGUCAUACGAACACUUGAUGAUUCUAUACUCUAGAGAGGGUGUUUGGCAGCAGGCCUUGUCGUUAUUUAAUGCCCUUCUGACCGAUCCACAACGUCAGCGUCUUUAUAUUCCCUGUGCCAAAGCACAUGACGCAGUGCAGUACGCCUUGGAGCGAGUCUUGCCACCAGGACCAUCGUGGGAGGUAUCAAUGACACUUUUUACUCGUAUGUGCGAAUUAAAUGUGCCAAUUUCAGAGGUGGCCUUUCAGUCCGUCGUAAAGAAGUGCUUUUCACAGGAUAAAGCCGAUGAGGCACAAUCUCUUUUCCGUUUUGUGGUGCGACAUGGUGUCCGACGAUGA